UCUUGUCUGCUCGGCACAGCUGUGUUUCUCUUCUCUUUCACUGGGGGGUGACCUGCUACAGGUGUGAUACCUUAACCUCUCCUUUUAAGUGAGCAGGACAAAGAGAGGAGGAGAGGGAGAACUAACCUUCAGUCCAGCCGUUUCUCCGACACCAUCAGGAAUUCAGACAUCAUGUCCACCCCGAUGUCCCCGUCGCCCUCCCUCUCCCCGUUGACACUGGCCUCCCCAACCUCUCCCCAACCUGUGCCCUCCCCCCUCUCCCCUCCGGCCAGGGUGCCUGUGUUCCAGAGGAGGGGAGCACUCAAACACAAGAGGAUUGUCGAGGUGAAGGAUCACCAGUUUACAGCCCGCUUCUUCAAGCAGCCCACCUUCUGCAGCCACUGCACCGAUUUUAUCUGGGGCAUCGGCAAACAGGGAUUCCAAUGCCAAGGUAGAGAUAGAUUUUGUGCUUUUGUGGUGCACAAACGAUGUCACGAGUUUGUGACUUUCACUUGUCCCGGCUCUGUGACGGCCCCGAGACCAGAUGACAUAAAAAGUCGACAUGCAUUCAAAAUUCACACAUACUCCAGUCCCACGUUCUGUGACCACUGUGGCUCAUUGCUGUACGGCCUCAUCCACCAGGGCAUGAAAUGUGCAAGUUGUGAUAUGAAUGUUCAUCGACGGUGUGAAACCAGUGUUCCCAGUUUGUGUGGCCAGGACCAUACAGAGAAGAGAGGGAGGAUCCACCUGACUAUCAGAGGAGAGAAGGAGGAGGUCUUUGUCACAGUGCGGGAGGCUCGGAACCUGAUGCCAAUGGAUCCCAACGGCCUUUCAGACCCGUAUGUUAAAAUGAAACUGAUUCCAGAUCCAAAAAGCCACAGCAAACAGAAGACCAAGACCAUCCGUUCCACGCUCAACCCGGUCUGGAAUGAGAGCUUCACCUUCUCAGUACAUGGUCAGCAGUGGGACAGGCGUCUGUCUGUGGAGGUGUGGGACUGGGAUCGCACGUCUAGGAAUGAUUUCAUGGGAGCGCUGUCAUUCGGAGUGAGUGAAAUCUUCAGACGCCCAAUCAGCGGCUGGUUCAAACUGCUGGCUCAAGAUGAGGGAGAAUACUAUAACAUCCCUGUGCCUGACCCAGACCUGCAGGAACCCCAGCCUGAUUCUGCAGCACCACCUCUCCCUCAGGAGAUACCUGCCUCAGUGUCAGAACCCUUCCCUAUGGCUCUGUCCCCAUCACUGGUUCCAUCCUGUCCACUUGUCCACUCUCCAGGUAUAGGAAAGGUCAGAGUGAACAUCCAUGACUUCAACUUCCUCAUGGUGCUGGGAAAAGGCAGCUUUGGCAAGGUUCUGCUGGCAGAAGAACGAAGCAGUGAGCAUCUGUUUGCAGUCAAGGUGCUGAAGAAAGACGUGCUAUUCCAGGAUGAAGACACAGAGAGUGCCCUGGUGGAGAGGAGGGUCUUAGCUCUCCCCUCUCGUCCUCACUUCCUCACAUCACUCUACUGUGCCUUCCAGACUGAGGAUCGUCUGUAUUAUGUGAUGGAAUAUGUCAAUGGAGGAGACCUGAUGUUUCAUAUUCAAAUCGUUGGCAAGUUCAAAGAGCCUCAUGCAGCGUUUUAUGCAGCGGAGGUAGCAGUUGGUCUCUUCUUCCUGCACAGUAAAGGCAUCAUUUACAGGGAUCUAAAGCUGGACAAUGUGCUCCUUGACAGUGAGGGUCACAUAAAGAUCGCUGACUUUGGGAUGUGCAGAGAGGGCAUGUUUGAGGGUGACACCACUCGCACCUUCUGUGGAACCCCGGACUACAUCGCCCCUGAGAUUGUGGCGUAUCAGUCGUACAAUAAAGCGGUGGACUGGUGGUCUUACGGAGUACUUCUGUAUGAAAUGCUGGCAGGACAGCCACCAUUUGACGGUAUUGAUGAGGAGGAGUUGUUUCAGUGUAUCAUGGAGCAGAGCGUCUCAUACCCGAAAAGUCUCUCUCGCGAAGCUGUCGCUAUCUGCAAAGGACUGCUAACGAAACACCCGGCCAAGCGUCUGGGUGGAGGAGAGGAUGCGGAGCGAGACAUCAGGGAGCAUCCAUUCUUCCGCUGGAUUGACUGGGACCGCCUGGAGAGACUGGAGAUCCAGCCACCCUUCAAACCCAGAACUGGUGGAAGAAAAGGUGAAAACUUCGACAAGUUCUUCACAGCUGCACCAUCAGCGCUCACUCCCUCUGACCCGGACGUCCUUGCCGCCAUCAACCAGGAAGAUUUCCACGGCUUCUCCUUCCUCAACCCAGAGUUUGCCACCUCGCCCCUCACUGCUGUUUGAAGAUGGCUGCACCCUUUCACCUCCCAGUCCAAUA